AAUGUUUGAAUACUCUGUGUUUUAAAAUUUAACUUUCAACAAAAUAAACAUGACUACCAAAUUUCAAACCCAAUCUAUUUUAGUAUCCAGCGCUACCGUUUCCCCAUUCUUCCAACAAUAUUUUUCAUAUGAAAUUAUGCAACUUUUUAUUGGAGAUAUUGGACUAAACUAAUAAUAACCAAUUUAGCAUUAAACAUAUUAAAAAGUAUUGUAAAAUACACCCACCCUAACUUACACAAAGCUCUUCAAUAAGACCACUAGUCACCUGUAGAGAACAAACAGUUGAAGCUGAAGAUCACAUUAUUUGCAUCCGCGUCUAGGCGUGUACUUGAUGUACACACGUGUUCCCAGUGACUGAGGCACAGACAUUUUAUCGUCGCCAAGCUGUGUGCGAUUAUGUAAGUAGUCAGAAUAAAGAACUGAACGCUAGAGUAUGCAAUAGUUAAAGAAAGUGACGAUAAAUUUAAUAAAUAAUUGUACUGCUGUAUUUUUAUUUAUGUAAUAUUGUCAAUUAGUUUAAUAAUAAAUUGAAAAGUUAACAUUAUAAAAUCUAUUAAUGUAUGUUUUGUUUGUUGUUUUUUUUUUUGUUUUUGUUUUUUGUUUGUUGUUGCUUUUUCUAAAAAGAUUUACUUAAAUAAACACACUGACACUGGAUUACUUUCUUUUUUUUUUUUUAAAUAUUUAAAUCAAAGUUGCAAGUUGUGAUUUGGGGUUAUGACUUAUAAGCGGUAACUCUAGUCUUUCGGGAUAGUUUGUAUUCAAAAAUCUAAACGAGAACAGCCCUCAAACGACCAGCUAAACGUUAAUCAAUGAUGCUAUAUAUUAUCUCUUGACUUUACAGAAACUAACAUUUUGAAAUGCAUAUAUCCAAGAAUGGGUAUCGCUGCAAUUGACUUGUGUCAAUAGUGGUAACCUCUUUGAUUUUGGGAUACAAAGUGAUGUUUGGCGAUAAGAGCCAAAACACAUGAUAUAAGUGCCUUAUUUUUAUCUUAGCUUAACAAAGAUAGAUCUUGGGAGACCACGUCCAAGAUGAUUCUUAAAAAGUAACUUUUUUAGCGAGGUAUUAAUAUUCAUUAUUUGUUUUUUUUUCCUUAAGUUUUCACGUUAAAAUAUUGAUAGAUUGUCAAUAAAUGUACAUUUUUAAAAAUCUUUAACACCCCCAAUUUACUAUAAUACAGUCAAACAAAUAAAGUAUCAGUUUUCGAGGCACAUGCCAUUUUUCAUCAAUUGUCUUUUCCUGUUCCCGUGUUGUUGUUUUGGUUUUUUUUGGGGGGGUCCAUGUUGCUUCCAAACUAAAGGCCUUCUUCUUUCUCUGUAACCAACUUCUCCUGUUCCUGAUUGCUCUAUUAAACUCCAUUUACACAUUUAAAAUUAAAACUACUUAUUAAAUCAUCUUUAGUAUAUCGCUAGUUACAAUGAAAUGUUUAAUAAUUAACCAGUAUCGCUGUCUCUGGAUGCAGCUAUAACAAGUAACACUGUCUUUAGGUAGAGCUAUAACCAGUAACACCAUCUUUAGGUACAGCUACAACCAGUAACACUGUCUUUAGGUACAGCUACAACCAGUAACACUGUCUUUAGGUACAGCUACAACCAUUAACACUGUCUGUAGGUACAGCUACAACCAUAAAUAUUGUCUUUAGGUACAGCUAGAAACAUUAAUACUGUCUUUAAGUACAUUUAUAACAAGAAAAUGUCUUUAGGUACAGCUACAAACAGUAAAACUGUCUUUAGGUACAGCUACAACCAGUAAAACUGUUUUUAGGUACAGCUACAACCAGUAAAACUGUCUUUAGGUUCAGCUACAACCAGUAAAACUGUCUUUAGAUACAGCUACAACCAGUAAAACUGUCUUUAGAUACAGCUACAACCAGUAAACUGUCUUUAGGUACAGCUACAACCAGUAACACUGUCUUUAGGUUCAGUUAUUACCAGUAAUUGUGUCUUUAGGUACAGCUUCAAUCAGUAAUACUGUCUUUAGGUACAGCUACAACCAGUAAUACUGUCUUUAGGUACAGCUACAACCAGUAAUACAGACUUUAGGUACAGCUAGAACCAGUAAUACUGUCUUUAGGUACAGCUACAACCAGUAAUACUGUCUUUCAUAGAAUGACUGUGUGUUUCAAUUUCAUAUCAACAACAGGACAUUUUGGAACCAUAUGACGCUACCCCUUCUGGUAAACUUUGUCGUGUUGGGGCCCACGUGAACAAAGUUUAUUUCACGAUUUUUCUCACUUUUAAUCUAGUACAACUUUGAAUGUGUUAAUUGUUUAUCUUAUAGGCAGUGGCGUAGCUAGAGUUAGCGCCACAGGGGGCGGGCCAAGAUAUUUGACUCUCCCUUCCACGAUUAAAACUCAUGUAUUUUCAAUAUAUAACACUUAAAGAGCCAAUAUGGAUUAAUUAUACUUUAAGAAAUAACAAAUGUUUCCACUAUUAUGCUCUUUCAAUACUUUAGACUACAAGAUUACACGUUCUUAAUGCUUUAUUCCUUCUUAUAUAGAAUCCUAACAAAGACUAGUCAAACAGAAUGAGACCAUUAACUCUGUUGCCCGUAGCACAUCUGGUGUGUCUCAUGUAUGUCUUACCAUCUACAAAAUCAGACUUCAUAAUCAGUAUUUGAAACUCAACCAGGAUCAUCAAUUAUGAUGUAAACGACGAUAACUCCAACUAUGUAUGGUUCCAACAGGACGAUUUAAUGAGGUUUGUAUCCACGGAUAUUAUUAUUAAUGACAUGGGUUUUUUAAUUCUUGGCAUGUCGAAAAGCUAAAUGACGAAAAAGGUUCAGGGCUCCUGAUUUUAACAACGAACCUAGGAAUCAGGGCUCAUUGUGUUAACAAUGAAUAUAGGGUUGUGGGCUCCUGGUGUUAACAAUAAACAGUUUUCAGGGUGCCUGCCGUUAACAAUGAGCAUAUGCUUAAGGGCUCCUGUGUUAACAAUGAACAUCGGGUUCAGGGCUCCUUGUGUUAAAAUGAACAUAGGGUUCAUUGCUUCUUGUGUUAAUAAUAAACAAAGGGUUUAAGGCUCCUGAGGUUAACAAUUAAAAUCCGGUUCCUGGCUGCUGGUGUUAACAAUGAACAUAGAGUACCAAUCUUUCAUCUUAGAUAUUCCCUACUGAAGAACGAAACAUCACGACUCUUCAUAAACUUACCUUUAACUGUUGAAUUUGUUAAGUAGUUGGAAUGGUUUUUAUAUAAAGUUUAGGAAUUCCUUUUUGAGGUUUUGCUAUUGCUAUAUUAAAAUUUUAUAAAGCUGAAAACUAUUUGUUAACCUAAUUUUAUGAUUACCCUUUAUCUAACACCCAUAAUUUAACAUUUGUUGAAUGUGUCUAUUUGUAGCAUUAUAUUAAUUAUUUAAUUGCAAAAGUAAUACAAAUUAGGUAUUAUCGUUUUAUUUUUAUUAAAAAAAAACAGCUACAGAUUUUACUAUUAUUUUUAUAUAUUCGUCUUUUUAAUCACGCCCCCUUUCCUUUUUCCAUCCUGUUAAAUCAAAAUGCGACCCUGGGACAAAAAAAUACUCUAAAUAUAUGGUCCCAAUGUUUUGUUUCCCUCUGAAAUAAUUUUUAAAAAAAUUAAAAAUAAAUUGACGAUAAAUUUAAAUUUAAUUACAUUUUUCAUAUGCACUUCCACUCUGCAGCCAUGAUUUCAAUAACAUUUUUAAUUUGAAAGAAUGUACCUAUUUGAUUCUGGAGAAUUUAUUGUACAUAUUUUGGCAAUUUAUUACAUAAACACACCAAGUGUAAUUGUGAAAAAAGAAAUGUCAAGGCAUUGUGAUUGGUUUUGUUUAUGCCGUUUAAAUGAUGGAGGCAAAGAAAUAGUUGUUUGAGUUGACUACUUUCUUAAUAAAAGACAUCACUUUUGCAAAAUUGUUUAUCGGGGAGAUUUGGCUGCUAAAGAACCCUCCCCCCCCCCCAAACCCUCACUGGCAAAGGUAACGAAAAUAUUAUUGCAAUAUUUAUUAUAUAUAGCAAUGAUUUCAUGUUAUGUAUUUUAAAUGAAGUUCAAUUAAUAAAUUAACAUUUUAAAAUUGAUCAUCGAACAUUUCAAAGGCUACCAUAGUUUCAUGUUCUUGUCAAUAAUGUCAAUAACACAAAAACACAAAGUAUAUUUAUCCCCUUUGACGAAACCAAACGCCCUUAAAACACUUUGUGCGUACUUUUAAAAUGAAUGUAUUUAAAAUUAAAGGCGUAUCAAGGGACAGUGCCCAGCUAUUUUUGGCCCCUUGGUGAAAACUUUUCAAUUUACAGAAAUUCCAACCGUUUACUAUUGUAUUAAGGCAUCUUAACGAGCAUAAUAAGAGUAUAUGAUUUAAAAUUGGUGACAUGAUCAUCAUGACUGAAUUUUACGUUUUGAGUCUUGAUUUGUUUGAUCAAUUGACUUUAGAAAUGAAUAUCCAAGGCUUCAGUGCAUUUUUUAAAAGUAUUUGUAAGACACUCAAUUAAAAAUUAUGAGUUGACUUAGAAUGAAAAUGUUGCUUAAAUUAUAAAGUUUCCGUCCACUGUUUGGUCAAAAUUGUUUUGUUUUUGUAAUUGCAAAAUUGUUUUUGCAAUAUUAAAUUCGUUUAAGUUAACGAAAUGAUUAGAUCUAGAUUUAAAAUAAUUGUAGCCUGAAAUGGUCAAAUGUUAAAAAAGGUAUUUAUUUAUUAUUAAAAACAUUUAUUGUAGGUUUUUUUUUUCGAACAAUCUGAACUUAAUUUUAGAAUUUAUUACAAUUUAACUUUUAAAAACUUUCAGCUUCCGGGAUUGUGUGUGCUCCACGUCAUCUACCCAAUGUAUCCUGAGCCUAGAUUUGAUAUCAAAACAGGUCUGGAAAGUUGUGAGUGUGACCAGAGAGGUGUCACGGACGGACCCGAUGUUAUACACUCGGCGCUAUUCGUGUGACUUGAGCGCAGCCACCAACUUAGUCACUUGCGUCAGAAACUUCAUGUUACUCGACCGAGCAGACUCGCAUCUCUUUCACUUCGAAUCCUCGUGUGAUUUACUUUGUGUUAAGAUUAACUGGAGCCCUACUCAAACCGCCCGGAUUUAUUCGAAUAACGAGAAUAUGAUUAAAUAUGUCGAGAAGCACGGGAUGUGCAAUUUAACUUCAGGUGUGGUGGCUGACAAAACCCAAGUCACGAGGACACCGUCCACGGUGACGCCACGGAAAACAACACCUUCGGCCACGAAAAAGACGCUACUAUCAUAUGCAGCACCUACAACACAGUUGUUUCAGCUCUCACCGACCAGUACUGACCAAUCUAAUGAUAGCGCUGAUGACAAAGCCAGAGAAGACAAUAGCAGUACAAUUAUGAUUAGUGUUAUGAUAGGCGUCGUUGUAGGUCUUGCUAUUUCGUUGGGGGUAUUCUUCCUUUGCAAAGAACGAUGCAACAAUCGCAAGCACUGUUGUCAAAAUAAUGACAAAACACAAGUUUUUGUUUCCCAUUCUCAAUAUACCUCAGAGUACAAUGACCUCUGUCAUGAGAAUAGGGGUUACAGCACGGGAUAAAUAUGAGAAUAAGGGUUACAGCACGGGAUAAAUAUGAGAAUAAGGGUUACAGCACGGGAUAAAUAUGAGAAUAA